UCAGACAAGGAAGAUUGCUUUGCAUUUGAAGUGAUCGGGAGAAACCUCAAAAAAUGUUUCACACCAGUACGCAAAGAAAGCAUUGGACUUUUUCAAGUGAAGAAGAGCUACGAAAUAUUCGUCAGGAGGUAAACGGCGUUUACUGUGAGAGUUUUCGCGAAAACUUCCCAGCGAAGAAAGAUGUUGACUUUUUGACUGUUGAGGAAGGAAUGAAGUUGGUCGAAUACUACCAAAGUGUUUUGAUUGAAGUUAGCGAAAAGUUUCAACCUCCUGUGCCAAGUGCUGUGACAGCAACAGCUGUGGCUUACUUAAAACGUUUUUAUUUAAAAACAUCAGUCAUGGAUCACCCUCCGAAAGAGAUGUUCUUGGUCUGUUUGUACAUGGCUUGCAAAGUUGAGGAGCAUAAUUUGUCUGUGGAUAGAUUUGUAGAAAUCCUUCCAGUAGAUCGGAGGGCAAAGACCAUAGACUUUAUUCUUGCUCAUGAAUUACUACUAGUGCAACGUCUUGACUUCCAUUUAACAGUUCACAAUCCGUAUAGACCACUUGAAGGCUUUAUCAUCGAUUUUAAAACUAGGUGUCCAAGGUCAGGUGAUCCUGAGAAAUGGCGUCCGUUAGUAGCAGAAUUUCUCAGAAAAGCUCUGUUGACCGAUGUUUCCUUACUUUACCCGCCAUCACAAAUUGCUUUAGCGGCUCUUUUUAGUGUAUCCCGUGAGUACAUAAGCGCUUACAUAAGUGCAAAUCUGGGUGAGCAACACAAACUUCUUCUUCGCCAGAUUGAGAACGUAGUAAGUCUGGUUACUGUUCAGAAAUGUACAGUCAGUAAAGAAGAGGUCAAAAGUUUAGAACAGAAGCUGAAAUCCUGUAGAAAUCCUGAGAACAACCCUGAUAACAAACUGUUUAAGAAAAAGAAAGCAGAAAGGGAGAAAGCGAUGGAUAUUGAUGACUAGUGGCUCUGACAAGAAAUCAGAAGAGACUAGUUAAAAAGAUUGCCUUGGAAAGGAACAAAGUUAUAACUACUGUGUUGAGUUACUGUUAGUACCUUAUCAGAAGUGCUAGUAGUUUGUUUUGAACUCAAAGGACAAUAAAGUUAAAGC